UACAGCAGUAUGAAGAAAAACAUAAACAUGUAAUACAAAUAUGUAUUUCACAUAUAUUACACCAUGUCAACAUAUGAUACACUGUGGAAUUCAGGAGUAUGAAGGAAAAUACAGCAGACUAGUAGCGACAGAGAGGCAUGAGGGGUUGCUGUUUUAGGUGGGUGGUCAGGAAGGCAUUUAUAAGGGGGCAUUGAGCUCAUUCCUGACAGAAGUCAGAGAGAAGGGGAGGAUCUUACGGAUAGCGGAAGGAAGGGUCUUCCAUGUAGAGGGAACAAUGGCAGAAGCCCUGUAUGUUCUAAAACAAGAUCAGUGUGGUCCUAGAGAAGCCAGAGGAGAGUGGUAGGAGAUAAGGUCAGGCGGCCAGAAGGGCGGACAGAUCAUAGGAGCCUCUGAGGCUAUGGAUUUUAUCUGAAUGAAAUGAGAAUCAUGGCGUAAGUAGAAGAUUGACAGUAUCCAACUUCUGCUUUUAAAAGUUGGCUCUCUACACAGAAUGUAUAGUAGAAAGGCAGAAGUUAAAACAGGGAGACCGGCAUGAGGCUAGUGCCAGGCAAGAGACAUGAGUUAGCUCAGACUAGGAGGUAUUGGUGGGGAAAGUAAGGAAUGGUUGGAUUCUGGAGAUACUUCAAAACUAGAACCUACAGAAUUUGUUGGUGGACUGAAUGUGUGUUUGGGAGGGAAAGAGGGAGAUAACUCCAAGAGUUUUUCUGUAAACAAUUGGAAAAAUGGAGUUGCCCUCUGACUUAGGGAAGGUGGGGAAGUGGGGUUGGGUAACCAAGGGUUCUGUUUUGGACAGUGGGUAGCACUCAAAUAUAAUAAUUUUUAUUGUACCCCGGCAGGGCAAAGUGAUAAGAGAGUACGUUUGAUUUAAUACCAGAGUUAUUUUCCUCUUUGUUCACUCCUUGGCAUUUCCUCCCCACCCCACCCCCAACUUCAUGUUAGCAUCAAUUACCUUCUCGGGUGAUGGGAUUAACGUACCUGGGGAGGAGCGGAGAGAGGAGGAACCUAGCCUGGUACUCCAGUUACAAACCCUGGCAGUGAGGGGCAUGCCACCACCGUGGGCAGAACGCAUCAGCAUUGGCUGCUCCCAGGAAAAAGCUGCAAGAUUUUCUUCAUCUGGCAUCUCUCUGAUCAUUAGUAAUUGCUCUAGGGGACCGAGUGGACACCAUUCUAAUCAGUAAAGGAGUACCUGGCAGGUUUUGCUGUCUGAUAGCAUGAACUGGAGAGGAAGAAGAGCAGGCUCUGCUUUGGGAAGGUUAGAAACAGCUCAUGUGAACAGCAUCCUGGACGCAGCGGCGAUCCUGGAGGAGCCGGUAAUGCUCAGAGCCCAGACUUGCCCUGCUGGACCUCGGCCUUCAGGCAAGCAGGGGCUGCUGGGGGCCGACCCCGCGGCCUGGCUGCUUCGGGCCUGCCUGACAAGGCAGAGGAUGCGCAGCCACUCCAUCGGAAUGGAGGACCUGGCUCAGGGGAGGACGCCGCCGCACCACGCGGACCUGGCUCGGAGCCUGAGGGCGGAGAAGAUCGAACAUCAACUGACCCUAGAAGAGCUACAAAACUUAAGUGCACUCUUUCAGGUAGGAAUUGACCAGGAGUAUGAAAAGAGAGGAAGACAGCUGCUGGACAUGGAAACCUUUAAAUGCAUAAUGAAACAGAGUAUGAGGUCACAGAAUAAAAAUAUUGAACAAAUAGAACAACUUUUCAUGAAAAUAGACUAUGAAUCAGCAGGCAGAAUUCAAUGGGAUGGCUUUUGCACAUAUCUGCAGCUAGAGUAUUCAGAGCAAGCGGAUGCUUUGGCCCGACAGAAAGAGGUUUCCUUCCAGCUGCCUGCUGUGCUGCAGGGGCUGUCAUAUGGGGCUCCCGUGCUGCGCAUUCUCUCUGUGCCUGACGACACCUUAAUCAUGAUCAGAGAAGAUGGAGCGAUUUAUUUCUGGUCCCUGCAGCUGAAGUUGAAAAGAAGAAAGAGAGUUUUUGACAAGUCCAUGAGUCGGAAGCCGAGGUGGGUGACAGAUGUCAUCAGCAUGCCACAGUACAACAAACUGAUUGUAGGGACUGGAAACCGUGAAAUCCAGCUGUAUGAACUCUCCAACCUGGAGCCUUACUGUCAGAUUGGUGGCCUGGAAGCUGUUCCUCUGAAACUGGACUACUGUUACGAGGAUCCUGACAAGUGCCUGAUUUUCUACGGCGAUAAUCAGGGCUGUGUGAACAUUCUGUCUUUGGCUUCUGUAGGUGAACUAUUAAGAACUUGGAAGAAGCUGCCCAAAAUUGAGAACAUGCCAAACAUAAGCAUUAAUAAUGUUGUGACCUCUCCAAAUGUAAACUAUAUCCGCUGGAAAGUGCAUGGAGACUGGAUUACUCAGCUGAACUACUACGAUUCUAUCAAAGCUGUCAUUUCAAGCUCCAACCAUGAGCCCAGUGCUCUAGUAAUAGGGUGCACUAUGAGAAAAACAAAUGUCAAGCAAAAGAUGAAAGAGAUAAGGGGUGUUAGAAAAGAUGUCGAGGCAAGAAGAGAACAAGCAUUCCUUGGUUUGCCCCAAAGGCGGGCAGAAUGUGAUCAAACUGUUUUUCGCAUCUACAAAGGAGUCAAGGCAUUUUCAUUCUGUAAGAGAAAGAACUUGCUGCUGACAGGGGGAAUGGAUCGAAUCAUUCGAAUCUGGAAUCCUUAUCUGCCUGGAAAACCGACAGGUAUGCUGAAAAGCCACAUGGCUCCAGUGAUCUACAUCCAUGUAUCUGCUGAGGAUAACAAAAUAUUUUCCAUGUCCACCGACAACACUAUUAAGAUCUGGGAUCUAGAGACCGACAGCUGCUUGUUUACUGCCUCCUCCAAAGCCAGCGGUAUUAAGGGGGAAUUUGCAGCCUGCCUCUAUCUCCCUCACUCCGGAGCCCUGUGUGUGGCCACUGACACCAUUGCACUCCUACACCUGAGACUGAGAUCUCCGCCGGAGCCUUACCUGGUGGUCUCCCACCAAGAGCCUGUGGUGUGUUGCCGCUACAACCCAGCCUUCAGGCAGGUGGUCAGCUGCUCCGAGGCAUCUGUGGUAAAAGUGUGGGACUUUGAAACAGGAAGGCUGUUGUCUGGAUUUAUUGGGGCUCAUGGCAGUGCUGGAAUCACAUGUCUGACCUUUGACACCAGUGGAAGAAGGUUAAUCACUGGGGGCAGAGACGGCUGUCUGAAAAUAUGGAGCUACAACAAUGGACAUUGUCUGCACACACUGAAACACGAUGAAAAGCAAAAUGAAGUCUGUGAUUGUACCUACUUGGAGGUGAACCAAAAUAAGUGUAUCAUAGCUGUUGGAUGGGACAGAAGAAUAAAUGUGUAUUUUGAUACACCAUGUGACUUUCAUCACUUCUGGAAGCCACAGCCACACUGGCAGGAUGACCUGAACCAUGGGCACAAAGAGGACAUCCUCUGUGUGGCUCAAUGCCCACCUUUUCUUCUUGCCACCUCCAGUUAUGAUGGGGAGGUCAUUAUUUGGAAUGUCAUCUCAGGCCACAUAUACUGCAAGCUGAAUACUCCCAGCCCCUCUGAUGGUGCAGAAGACAGAAAAGGCCCAGACUGGAGUGUUUCCUGCCUCGCCUUCCUGAAGACCCGGGCCGCCAAGUUUGAAUCAGAGGCCGCUUCCCUCAUCGCCAACGGGCCCCGGGGUUCUGUCACCUUCUGGAGGCUGUUCGGUGGGGCCUGUCCUAUUGCAAACUUCACUCCUUCCAGGGACAAAGCGCAGGUCAGCAGCAUCGCGGUGACAGCAGGAGAUGUCCUUGCCUACGUGGCUGACCAGGAAGGCUUCGUGCACGUCUAUGACAUCAAAGAGUACGGCCUGCGGGGACCUGAGCUGCAGCCCCCCAAGAAUGUGACAUUCUGGCGGGCCCAUGUCAGUGUGGUGACAUCUUUGGAGCUGAUAGAAGAAAAAUUUCUGCUGUCAUCCUCCCUCGACCGCACCGUGCGCCUGUGGAGCAAGGAUGGAGAGUACAUAGGAACCUUUGGGCAGCAUAACCUCUGGGAUAUUUUCACUCCUGCCUCCUGGAGCCACCCUAGAGUGCCGCAUGAAAUUUUGACAGAUCCGCAGAGCAUGCCUGCUCACCCGGUGCUGGAAGGGGAUGUGGCUGCUAUGCACGCAGGAAAGGGGGAGCAAGACAACGUGGUGGAGGAAAAGGCUAAGCCUCUAAAGACCCCUAACCUUCGCUCUCCAGAAGACCCUAUCCUUGCAGUUGAAAUGAAAGAAGACAUAGAUCAAUGGCUGCUGCUGCACCGGAACCAGCCUUCCGGGAGAACAUGUGAGCUGGGGUGGCCCAGCAUCUACCAGACCCUCCGGUGCCACGAGGUUGCCUGCGUGUCCACUGUAGUGGAGAAGCCAGACUUGUCUAUUAUUGGCUCAGAUUUGUUUAAUUACAAUUGUCUCGUGCUGGAAAAAGAAGGAAGUGAGGUUGCCCAGAAGGAGCACUGA